AUUUACAGCCUAAGAGCUUAGAGAGAGAAAUUUAAAGUAGUAGCAGUACUUGUAUACUGCAAAUCUUUGAAACUAAUAUAUCUCUGAUAUAUAACAAAGCUUAUAUAUAUACCAUAAGAUAUUAUAAUUAGUAUUCUAUAUGGCACCAGGAAAAGAAAGCAAUAUCAGCAGCAGCAGUAGUAGUUAUCAAUGUGAGCCGUGCAAAUCGUUUGGUCAAAAGUGCAGCCAUCUUGUGAAGAAGCAGAGAGCCAAAUUCUAUAUACUCAGGCGUUGUAUAGCUAUGCUCGUCUGCUGGCGUGACCGUGGAGACCAUUAAAAGCUAUAUAUAUAUAUAUAUAUAUAUACUUUUCUGAUUUAUCUCUAGUUUUAGAUAAUUGCUGUAUUGAUCUUUGUCUUUCUUUUCUUUUCUUUUCAUUUAUUAGAUAUAUGAAUAUAAUAAGUAUAAUUUUAAUUAUAUGAGAAAUAGGGAGUGUAAUUAUAAAUAAUGAGUUUUCUUAUUAUUUCUAUGUUUAGAUUAUAAAUUGUGUAGCCCUCUUGAUUAUUUUGGUCAUGUAAAAACAUAUUCAAAU